CAAAGCCCCCUCCCCUGCGUGAGCCCUGCGUAAGUCGUUAGCGGCUGCACGGGAGCUCGGGAGCCCACCACAACGUGAUGUGAUGGCGUAUUCCCCCAUCCCGCGACCAUCACCACAUCGAUCCCGACAAUCGGUCCCCAAACAGCUCAUCUUGAUGUUCCGGCCGCAUGGUGCCCCCCGUGUCUGCCAUCUGCGGCCCCUGGCUCCAUCGUCCGCCGCGUCUAAGCUGGAUUCUGUUUCGACCGCGAUUGCGGCUGUGUCAACGGUGCCUGCGUUGGCGCCAGUAGCACGAGCAGCCCGUGUUGUUGAUGCUCCCCAACUUGGAGAUGGAGCUCGACAAGCUCCAUCAGCUGCCGCCCACUCUGCCGAUAGCGCUUCCCCAGCUCAUGAACAUGCCCAUGAUGACGUUCCUCGUCUCACCUUGCGUCCGUGGCGUCCUCUCCUCCACAGUCUCCGCCCCUCACGUCUUCCUGGGCUAAGCGGCCAUCUCUGGCGGUUCCUCCCGCCAGCAUCUCCCCAUUGCCCGCUCCAGGCCAGGGGAAACAAGACGAAAACGACCGUCAAGCUCUCGGACCUACCCCAGGGCCUCAUCCAGCCUAGGGCCUCCCAGUUGUCAUCGCCAUCGCCGCCCCUCGAUCCGCUACCCCAGGAUGAACCGGCAUACCCUACCGUCGUCCUUCAGGCGCGUCGGAAUAUGCGCAAGUUUGAGAACUGCGUACUACUAACACGUGUGGGCGGCUUCUACGAGCUGUACUUUGAGCACGCUGAUGAUUAUGGACCCUUGCUCAAUCUCAAGGUGGCUACCAAGAAGACCAAUGCUGGCCCUGUGCCCAUGGUGAGUCGGACCCUAAACCUCUACCAAACCUCCCACUACACACACCGGCUCGGAUAUGUUCAGAUGCCUAGAAACACCCAUAAACACACCAUUCAUAGGCACACCAUCCAUAAACACCCGGAAACACACACCCAUAGACACACUCACAGAUACACACACCCGUUACAUCUGCAGAUGCUCCCACAGAUACUCUCACACUCAAACCAUAAUACCCCUUAACCAAAACAUCUUCAUCUCAAACUCACCCUCCUUCUCUAGGCCGGCUUCCCUUUCUUCCAGCUAGAUCGCUACCUCAAAGUCCU